CCCCGCCCGGCCCCGUCCGCGGUUGUCAGGACAACCCGAGCGACGCCCGUCACGGAGAACAGGCGUUAGGAGGGCGGCGCCGCCAGGGCUCGGCCCGAGGGGCCCGGGGAGCAGCUGACCAUGGAGCCCUACAAAAUUGUGCCAUCCUCAAAGCCGCAUCCUCCUGUCGUGGGCAAAGUGACUCAUCACAGCAUCGAACUGUACUGGGAUCUGGAGAAGAAAGAGAAACGUCAAGGACCACAGGAGCAGUGGCUUCGGUUCUCCAUUGAAGAGGAAGAUCCUAAGAUGCACAAUUACGGUGUUAUUUACACGGGUUAUGCGACAAAGCAUGUGGUUGAAGGUCUAGAACCAAGGACACUGUACAGAUUUCGACUGAAGGUCACCAGCCCCUCUGGAGAAUAUGAGUACAGCCCAGUCGUCUCGGUGGCUACGACCAGGGAGCCCAUAAGUAGCGAGCACUUCCACCGUGCUGUCAAUGUGAAUGAUGAAGAUCUCCUGCUUCGAAUACUGGAAGGAGGCCAUGUAAAGGUGGACGUGCCUAACAAGUUUGGCUUUACUGCCCUCAUGGUUGCUGCUCAGAAAGGCUAUACCAGGCUUGUGAAGAUCCUAGUUUCCAAUGGCACGGAUGUGAAUCUGAAGAACGGAAGUGGCAAGGACAGUCUCAUGCUGGCUUGCUAUGCAGGGCACUUAGAUGUUGUGAAAUACCUCCGAAGACAUGGAGCUUCUUGGGAUGCUAGAGACCUCGGAGGCUGCACGGCUCUGCACUGGGCUGCAGAUGGAGGCCACUGCCCUGUGAUUGACUGGAUGAUAAAGGACGGCUGUGAGGUAGAUGUUGUGGACACUGGUUCAGGAUGGACGCCGCUCAUGAGAGUCUCUGCUGUGACGGGAAGCCAGAACGUAGCUUCACUUCUCAUCGAGGCUGGGGCUGACGUGAAUAUGAGGGACAAAGAUGGAAAGACGCCUCUCAUGAUCGCUGUCUUAAACAAUCACGAACAGCUAGUUCAGUUACUUCUUGACAAAGGGGCCGAUGCAAGUGUGAAAAAUGAGGUAAUGUUUAUUGGGAGAUCUCCCUUAGAGAAGAAAGACAUGCAUGAGACUCGCACACUCCAAUCUGUAAUUAAGUUCUGCUUCCUUCCAGUUUGGCAAAGGUGUCCUAGAAAUGGCCAGAGUUUUUGACAGACAGAAUGUACUCUCCUUAUUAGAAGAAAGGAAAAAAAAGCUGCCGAGGAAGUCCUCUGUCCACUGACUGGAGCGUCACCCGUCUGAGAGACCGACCAGAGCAAAACAGCAAACCCUGACUGCUGGGCCAGACAUGUGAUGUGCCGAGUCUCUGAGGAUGAGACGUUUAUUUAUUUAGUUGGAGAUUCACAGUGACUUUUAUGUAACAGGCAACUCUUCCCACAUUGAAAUACAUCUUUUUACCUAAGCACAUGCAUAUGUGGUCUCCUCACUGGGCGUCUACAGAACUGGAAUGUUUCCUUGCCCUGUGCCUUUGCAGUUAGACAUGAAACCAAAUAUUUAUGUGCUGGUGCUCCACAAAUGCGCACGCGGGUGUCCACUCCCGCCCCCCCCCAGCUGUCCUCAGGAUGCUCCAGGCCUACUGGCCUUCUUCUUCUCAUGUGUUUCUUAUUAUCUCUCCCACACCACAGCCGUCCAGGCUGCUGUCGCCUCCCGCAGCGGGGUGCCUCCUAAGCACCCAGGCGCUUUCUCUUAGGCUCUUGGCCUCACAUCAAAGCUCCAGAAUAUAUAUCUGAAGACGGUGCUGUCUGUUAGCAGUGUUGAGUCGAAGGACAGUGCUGGGAGGACAGGUCCAUCAGUUCAUGUGUUUGCACACACUCACCUCUUCGGUCAAAGGUCCCAGCCCACAGGUGCCUGGACAGCUUCAGCAAUGAGUCGUGUAUUGCAUUUAGUGUAGAGAGCAGACAAGAUUUUUGAGGCAAAUUGUAUAGUUUGUAGACAAAGAGGGGCCAACCACCACCAAGACCGUUGGUUAGGAGUCCAAAGAGAGAAAUGUGGGAAGCUUUAGGUAGGCCAAGCUCAAAAGCGAGCAAAGUUAGAGACACCACAUGCAUUUUAUGUCUCUUGGGACAAACUGAGGGCCUUCUAGUAAAGCAGCUAUAAAGGCCCUCACAGGAGUGGACUAUUCUUUUUUUUUUUUAGCUAGGGAAGGCCCAUGAGAAGGUAACCAAGGUUUAGCACUAGGGAAGCCACAGAGAGCGCAGCCACACAUUGAUGCAGAUGUGAACAGCUAUCAGCUGUCAGCCUUCUCUGCAGAGGUCAUAGAGCAUUCAGCUGAGGACUGCUCUGUGGGCUGUGUGUAAUCCUGCCUGUAGACGUUGCAAUGGCACUUUAUCUUUCUAUAAAGGCUUAUCUUCUGCUUUGUUGGUGAUCAGCAUUGACACCCACCUUACAGUCCUCUCUGGGUCUGAUGGAGAUGGCAUUCACCAGCCCCUCCAUGGGGAAGGAGUACAUCUCACAUCCUUCCUUGCCAGCAUCAAGCUUGGCGACAUUGUCAACUGUCUGGCCUUACUACUGAACCAUGCCUACAUUCCUGAGAUGGUCGCCCUGGGUUCUGGAGGACAGCUGGGUCUGCAUGCUCAAAAGCCACAUUAUUUGCCAUGCAUUUGCCUGAUGAUUAGAAGGUGGUUUGCAGCCUGCUUAUUUUAUCCCCCAAGUAACUCAUGGUGCUGUUUUUCUAACUCAUUAAAUUACAUGCUUUAUUUUUAUAAAUUUAUUAUUUAUUUUUAUGCAAGGCUUUUUGUUGUUCCUUUUAUAGAAAUCGAGCUCACUUUGUCUCAACUCUUUUGUUUAGUAAUUUAUGUAUUUAGGCCUCUGAGUUUUCCCCUGGGGAAAACUUUGUUCUAGUAUCAUAAGGCUUUCUUUCACUGAACCUUCCCGAUCCUAAGACACUAUGGGGUCACCUGUUAGUCACCUUUGUGGGUUUCUUUCAGACCUUCUGAACUGGAUUAUCAGAGACAGGGCAGAGGAGUAGAUUUUAACAAGCACAAUAGGUAAAUGCUUCUAAUUCUGGGAAUUUGAAAAAUAUCCCAUAGUAUAGACAUUAUUUCCAGUGUUACAUUUGCUGUUCUCCAGGUGGCUGAAGAAUUCCUACAUUGCUCGGGCAUACAGUUGUUUUGUUGGCUUUUGUUUGUUUGUUGACUCUUUGAUCCUGAGAGGCACUAGGGCAGAGGUCAGAUGCUGUGCAUUUGGAAGGCCUGUGUGUGUGUGUGUGAAUUUGAUUUGUUAGUCACCUGGUGACGUCAUAAAACCUACUCGCUUUGUCUUGGGUUAAGUAGUAAUAACAGAGAUUCCUUUAUUUUUGCUAUAAUUUUGAAUAUAUAUAUAUUAUUUUCUGCAGUUUUAUGAAGUUGGAUGCUAUUUUAAAAAUGUGUAAGUGUAUGUCAAUCAUUUAGAUUUUCUUUGCUGAUAAUCUGAUACUCCUAUGACUGCUUACUUUUUGAACUUUUCUAUAAGUAAUAUGAAGUUUUAAAAUGAUUUUGAUGGGUUAUGAAUUCACAUUGUUCAGAAUGGUAUCGGUUCCCCACUGUCUCACCAGUGCUGUUUUGACAGGCAUUUUCUCUCGUCUUUGUUCCCAGGACUGGCAACAUGAAUACCUUGACCCUUCCACACUUCUCCUCAGCUGUU